AGCACAGGCAAGUGUUACUUCACUUCCUGACUGAAAGGUUGCAUUAUAUUGAGAAACUUUGUCUGGCAGGUUGUUGCCACGUCUCCUCCCUCUACUGCCUCCAGAUACGAUGAAGAGGCUGAUCCUUGAUGUGGACACAGGGGUGGAUGAUGCUCAAGCCAUCAUGAUGGCCCUGGCAGCCCCCAAUGUGGAGAUAUUGGGGAUCACCUGCACUCACGGCAACACUCCCCUACAGAACGCCCUGAAGAACACCCUGCGUGUCUUGAAAAUGUGCAACAGGCUGGAUAUAAAGGUGUACCCCGGCUUUGACGAGCCCCUACUGGGCAACAAAAUACAUGCAGGAGACUUUCAUGGGAAAGAUGGGCUGGGUGAUGCCCCUGAUCCAGAUGCUCCUGGCCUAGAACUGGUGCAGAAGACAAAUGCCGUGGAGGCCAUCAUUUCCAUUUCCAACCAAAAUCCCGGGCAGGUGAUCUUGGUUUCAACAGGACCCCUCACCAACUUGGCCCUAGCUGUCAAAAUGGACCCCUCUUUGCCCGCCAGACUGAAGGGCCUCUACAUCAUGGGGGGCAACAUAGAAUCAAGAGGAAACACGACCGUGUGUGGAGAAUUUAACUUUCUGGCUGACCCCGAGGCUGCCUUUAUAGUUCUAGAACGCUACACAUGUCCCACCACCAUCGCCUCCUGGGAGUUCAGCUGCAGGAACAGCCUGCCAUGGUCCUUUUGCGAUUCCUGGCUAGCCCAAAACACUCCAAAGGCUCGUUUUAUGGAGACUAUCUAUGCUCACACCCGCAAGAUGGUUCAGACAGAUCGAUAUCAAAAGGAACUGGUGUCAGGAUCUGGAUUCAACACGUGCGACACCUACGCUGUGGCAGCAGCCAUCAGUGACAACUUGGUGACAGAAAGCGAGGAGGUGCCUGUUACCGUGGAGUUGGAGGGAAAAAACACCAGAGGCAUGAUGGUCCUGGACUACCUUGAUGUGCUGCACAAGGAGCAUAAGGUCACCAUCCUCAAGAAAAUUGACGUAGAAGUGUUCAAGCAACUGCUGAUGAAUGCACUCAAGUAGCAGAAGCGAAGCCAUCAUUUUAGAAACGCUUUCUGGUUAUGUUAUGUUUGUGUAAUCCAGUUACUAGUUCUUUGGAGCGAUGCGAAAAUGGCCAACAGUGGUGAGCCACCUCUGCAAACUAAUUUUGCUAAAGAUGAUGUAUAUUAACACAUAACUAAGUUUAAAGUAAACCAUUUCCAUGUUAAACUUCAAAUGAGCCAAGGUCUGGCAUGACGGUUUCUUGCCGACUCAUAGGCCUCUUGUCGCUUUCAAUGGCUCCUUCAAUGGCCCACUGUCAGUGGAUGUGAGAAAGACUGAAAUAAAAAUCCUGGCAUGACCAUCAA